UUCGGCACUCGUAGCUGUCACCUGUCAGUUCGUCCCGAAGGCGAACGUCAGAUGUUUCGUUAGUUCGGUUGGCCGUCGUCAGAGCGCGCCACCGGCGCCAGUCUGUUCCAAUAUGGCGGCGUUGGAUCAAUGAAAUUUGAGUCAACGUAGUAAAACCGAAUAAACGAUACACAAAGUGCGCGUUUCCAGUGGGUGAUUCAGUGUAAAUGGGCCAUGGGCAAGGACCAGGAGCUGUUGGAAGCAGCUCGAGGAGGCAACGUCACCGUCGUCGAGAAGAUAUUGGGACAGCGAGCAAAGAGGAGUGGUCCCCUAGCAAGUCUUCGACGGGGACCCGGAGCGAACGUUCAGGAUGCCAGCGGUUAUUCUGCGCUUCACCACGCUGCUCUGAACGGCCACAGGGACGUGGUGAAAAUUCUACUACAAUACGAGGCGUCCACCAACGUCGUCGACACUAAGGGCUCGUCACCCUUGCAUCUCGCCGCUUGGGCUGGGGAUGCGGAAAUCGUCAGGCUCAUACUUUGCCAGGGACCGUCGGUUCCCAACGUUAAUCUAGCGACCAAGGACAAUGAGACUGCUCUUCACUGCGCAGCUCAGUACGGUCACACGGAAGUUGUGACACAGUUAUUACAGCAUGGCUGUGAUCCCAGCAUCCGCAAUAGUCGUGGCGAAUCUGCUCUUGAUCUCGCCGCACAAUAUGGCAGGCUGGAGACCGUCGAACUCCUGGUGCGGACGCAUCCGGAGCUUAUCGAGCCGCUACGGAGUUCCUCGUCGUCUUUGAUAUUCCCCCACACGCCGCUUCACCUUGCAUCGCGUAACGGUCACAGGGCUGUCGUCGAGGUCCUUCUGGCUUCCGGGGUGGACGUGAACACCAGGACUUCCGCCGGAACUGCGAUGCACGAGGCGGCUCUUUGCGGCAAGAUGGAGGUUGUCAGGACCUUGCUGGACCGGGGUGUCGAUCUCGGGAUCAGGGACUCGCGGCAGAACACGGUCCUCGAUUUAUUGGGCCAGUUUCCGCCACAUGUCACGCAGGACAUCACCACUGUCAUAAAGAGGCACAGAUCUUCAUCCGGUGUCGAGAGCGACGCUGACAGUGAGAAUUUGCCACCGAUUCCUGUUCAAGGCAGCGGAUCCCUCGGCAGUCCUUACGAGAACGUUCGUCCUGGUAACGAUUUUUCACCGGCGGAAGGUACCUCGCCCACCCAAUGGCAGUUCUAUCACAAACCUCGGGAUGACGAUAGACGCAUUUCCGGAAUGUCCGUCAUGUCUUUCGAGGGAAAAUUACCGAACGAUGAACCUGACAGUGAUACAACGUCCUCCAAGAACCUGCAUCAUCCCGCAUGGACGGAAGAUUCCGAUCUGAGCUCGGUUUUCGAUAGCGUCGUUAUGUCCAUGUCUGACACUCUGAACUCUAUAAACACACUCGAGAGCUCGGAACCGACACCCGAAGACAAACCAUACAACACCAAUAUCACCAACACUAUUAUCACUCCAGACAUUCCACGGGGAUCUGACAACGGACUUUAUCAGACACUCCCUGCUACUCGGGGCCUCAUGGACUCUAGUUUCAUGUCCGAGGAUCUGUCCCUCACUCUACCGGGGUACGGGUGUGGCCGAGAGUCCGAUCAGCUCAGCGUUUCCUCAUCCUCGAGCGUUGGAGGACCCAGUCCUCGCGACAGACGGUGCUUGCCAGCCGAUUCCAAUGCCGCAGGGAUUUACCUGCCCAUGGCCCCUCUUUCCAGCUCCCUACACAGUCCAGCAUCCAACAGCAAAAUUUCGCCAACACCGCCUAAGAAGCCGCCGCGUAGGAACUUGACGGUGUUGCCAACGCACUUGCAAACACAGAUGUCUCUGUCCGCGGAUUGCACCCUGGGACCGAGUAACUACGAGUAUUUGUUCCUCGCUCGAAGCGGGACGCGAAGUCACGUCGAUCUUGAGCAGCUACAGUCGCGUCGUGAGCAGCUUCGGCACGUGGCUCGAAGCGUUGAUCAGUACGUCGACAUGAAGUCGCGAUUCAGUUGCGCAGUCGGUGAUAAUCGUGACCCUGAUUUCGAGCCAGUUGCCAUAACCGCGAUGUACGAUAACAAGCCGAUAAAGACACAGAAUCCAAGGCGGAAAUUGCGCCGGAACUGCGACCAGGCUUACGAAAACUUCGACCUUGAAAACGCGGACAAGUCUCCUUGCAGCGAAGGCAGCAUCGCCGUUGACAAUGGACAGACAUUCGUCUCGAAUGCUUUCAUCACCUUGAAAUCAUCCCAGGAAAGCCUGCUCGACGAUAAACGAGACGGAUACUCGUCUCAAGGCGAUCCUGAGGCACGUGGUGCCACCGACAAACGACUUCGACGCGUUCAAAUGCUACUGCCGACCAGCCCAACGCACUACGCUCAACCACCGACACCCGAUCAUCCUCCACCGUCUGCACUACAAGCCGAGAAGUCGAUUCACGACCGGAUACGACCGCUGAGUCAGGUCUACAAACGUCGUUCCCGCGAUAUGGAGACCGAAACGGACGAGGAUAUGCUCCAGUUUCCCCCGGGUGGUUCCCUGGACGCUUCCAGCGGCUCUUUAUCCAGCGUAUCACUUUCGGACAAGAGUGUUUCAACGGACAACGUCGAGGAGUUCUUCGGCGACGUGCCCUUUGCAGGAUUGCUGAAGGGCUCCGUCACGGCGGAAAGACCUCGGACCCUGUGCCGAUUGCGGAACGUUUAUGCCCCGGCGCCAUCCGCGAUGGGCACGGGGGCCGACGGCGGCACCGGGGAACGACUCGAGGAAGGCGAAAUGGUGACCUUCAGGGUGUCGGACCGCGACCGGGAACGGGAACGGGACGACAAGUCCCUCAGCAUAAUGAGUCCCUUCGACGAGCAGGAGGAAUGGGCGAAGAUCAACGAGAUAAUGGCAUCCUUCGGUACCGGCCUGGUCAGAGAGUCGGUGUUCGUCACCGAACUCGAGAAGGAGUUCCAGACGAGACUAGGUUACAGCUUUAAACUCGGUUGUCCAGGUCUCAGCUCAGACAGUAGCAGCAGUCCCAUAGUCUCAACGUCGGUUGGUCAAUGGUUGUCCAGCCUCGGUCUCGCCGACUACGAGUCACUCUUCCUCGCCUACGGAUUCGACGACCUCGAGUUCAUUAACUCGGUACUCGACGAGACGGACCUCAAAGAGAUGGGCGUCACCAGUGACCAGGAGCGUACCGUCAUCAUGGACGCUGCUGGCCUCCUCAGCAAGAGGGUCGAGAAACGCACCGGCACCUCCGAGCAGUCGGUCGAUGAGUGGCUCAAGAGCAUUCACCUGGAGUGCUACGCCGAAACCUUUAGAAAACACCUGUACUCGGACAUGGAACGCGUCAGGAGGGUUUGGGAGGUAGAGCUCGCAGCCGUUCUUGAAAUUCAGAAACCAGCUCAUCGGAAGAGGAUACUCACUUCGGUUAGCAGCAUCAAUCCUCGGGGUCCACCUCUCAAUGGCGGCGGACCGAACCUCGAGGACCUUAAUAAGGACCUCAACACUUUGAAAACGAACAUCCAACAACUGAAGGAGGACAUCCGUGAAAAACUGCCCGAGCCAAGCCCUCAGGUAACCGUUCUACCCGUGACGACGACGACGACGACGACGACUACGGUAGUGGCGACGGCGACGACGACGGGAACGACAUCGACGAACACCGGGACCCUGAGGCACCGGAAAAAUCGGCCAGCUCCGCAGCCGCCUCAGCGACCGAAUUCCCACAACGGAACUCUUUCCGUUCCCGACCAACUCGAGAUACGCGCACCCUCCGAACUCCUCUUCGGGGUGCCGUCCACCCUCCAAACGCAGUGGAGGCACGAGCCUAAGGCCCUGGUAACCGGUGCCGUCACUUACGUCGCCAGUUACCUCGGGUCGACCGUCGUCAAGGAACUCCGAGGCACCGAGUCUACCAAAAAGUCCAUUCAGACCCUCAAGAAGACUCACAGGGAGCCACGCGUCACUCCGGAUAUUACUCUAGCAAUAUCCUACCGAGGUGUGCGGUUCCUGAACACGAGGACGAACGAACCAAUAUGCGACCAUGAGAUACGCAAUAUACACUGCGCGUGCCAGGACGCUGACGACCUCACGCAUUUUGCUUACAUAACUAAAGACCACGCGAGCAGAAAGCACUUCUGCCAUGUAUUCUGCGUACCUACAAUGGAUCAGGCUACCGAGGUGAUCUUGACCCUGGGCCAAGCCUUUGAGGUCGCCUACCAAAUGGCUCUGAGAGAUCCGUUGAGCGCUCAGACGGUUCGUUCGCAGUCCGCGAACCAGCUCGCGAGUCCUUCCAUCAUCUCGUCCUCGGUAACCUGCUGCAGGACCGCGACGCCGACGAAGACGACUGCCUGGACUACUCUGCCAUCGCAGACUACAACGACGGCGACGACGACGACGACGUCGACGGUAACCGGUAAUCCGAGCGUCGUUAAACCCCUCGCAACUCACGGGAGGUCCCAUUCCGUUAACGAUAUAAAAAUAAAUGGUAAUCAAUUGAAACUCGCGCCGAUGCCCGUUGACGACAUAAACAUUGGCGUUAAGGACAUGAAGGCAGGAUCACGGGCGCCUAUCGCUCUUUCCGAAGAACUUUAGUCCCGUUUUCAGACGAUUCAGGAUCAAAAAGGAAACGUUGUUCUUGUAGGGCUCGAUCUGAUUUAUAUUAUUCGCGUAUUACGUUUGUGGGUUCGGUUCUCCAGCUGAUGAUUUCUUUCCGAGUCGUAUUAUUUAUUUUCAAUGUUAACUUUUUUAUUUUAUAUACAUAUUUUUUUUUCUCGUGCCUCUGUUUCCUCUAUUUUGUAAAGAUCGUUCACUGCGGGAACUCGCAAUAGAUUUGACCAAAGAGACUGCACGGUGUAAGUAAUUUGUGAUUUAUACCGUUUGCGAUAUUAUAAAGUGAGUAUAUGUUUAGGUAGAUAUACUAGCGUGUAGGGAUGUUGUGUAUUUAUUAUAGCCAGCAAUAAUUCUCUUCCAUUCUCUCUCUCUCUUUCUCUUUCACUUUCUUUCUCACCGUUAUAUACGCCGCGGCGUGAAUUAAAAAUAAUACCUGUACGCAAGGGAAACUGCUGGCGAUGGGCGAGGGACAAAUGAGAAGUUUAACACCGUAUGAUGUACAGGUGAGUGUAUAAAUAACACAAGUAUAGAUAUAUACACGAAGCAAUGCGCAUAUAUAUAAAUGAUUGACUUAUAAGUUAUAUUAUCAUAUCCGUAUACUUCGGUGUAAAUAUAAGUGUAUAAGAAGAUUUCUUUAUAAUAGAUUAUGGCAACAUAUACAUACAUAUAUGUAUAUAUAUAUCGAUGGUCGACCGUUGAAUCGUCGGGCUUCCUCAGGUUGCGAAUAUAUUGCAUGUUUGAGUAUUAUAAACGUCUCAUUGCCUUCGGGCGAAAGUCGUGAUGACGAAACAAAGCGAAUAAAUAUAUUACAUUAUAUGUAAUUGCAGUGCGUGUGUAAUAUUAUUAU